CAGCAUGUACACACACACUCACACACACUCAUUCACUCACUCACUCACUCCUGCACUCAAGAUGGGCAACUUUGUUGCAAAUGAAGGUGUCUCUAUUUUUGUGAUUCUUGUCUGGCUGGGAAUCAAUGUUUUCCUCUUCGUGUUUUACUACAUGAGAUUCCUUGUGGAUAAAUACUACUACACUCGUGUCAUUCUUGGGGAUGCGUUGUCGUGGGCGAGAGCUCCGGCCGCCUGUCUCAACUUCAACUGCAUGCUGAUCCUGCUGCCCGUGUGCCGCAACCUGCUGUCCUUCCUGAGGGGCACCGUCCAGAUGUGUAGCCGGACUGCAGCUCGCCAGCUUGAUAAGAACAUCACCUUCCACAAGCUGCUGGCCUACAUGAUCGCCUUCCACACAGCGGUCCACAUCAUGGCCCACCUGUUUAACUUUGAGCGCUUCAUGGACGCGCAGCUGCUGGGGAACAGUAGCGAUCUCUCCUACGUGCUCUCCCAGAUCGGCAACGCAGACAACCAGUCCUUCCUCAACCCCAUCCGCAGCAACACAACCAAUCCGACUGUUGUGAUGUUCACCACCAUCGCGGGGCUGACGGGCGUGGUCAUCACCUUGGCGCUGAUCCUGAUCAUCACCUCGUCCAUGGAGGUCAUCCGGAGGUCGUACUUUGAGGUGUUCUGGUACACUCAUCACCUGUUCGUGGUCUUCUUCAUUGGCCUGGUGUUCCACGGAGCAGGACGCAUCGUACGUGGCCAGACUGACGAUGAUUUAAAGGAGAACAGCCCCAACAAAUGUGAAGCGCUCUUUGAGGAAUGGGGCAAAAAUGGGACUUUCUGCACUGUACCAAAGUUUGCUGGAAAUCCCCCAAUGACGUGGAAGUGGGUGGUUGGGCCCAUGUUUCUGUACGUGUGUGAGAGGCUGGUGCGUCUCUGGCGUGCCAAUCAGAAGGUGGUCAUCACAAAGGUGGUCAUGCACCCGUCCAAAACUCUGGAGCUGCAGAUGCGCAAGAAGGGCUUCAAGAUGGAGGUGGGCCAGUACGUGUUCCUCAAGUGUCCGUCGGUGUCCCAGCUGGAGUGGCACCCCUUCACGCUCACCUCCGCCCCCGAGGAGGACCACUUCAGCGCCCACGUCCGCAUCGUGGGGGACUGGACCGAGGGCCUGCUCAAGGCCUGCGGGGGGGACAAGAACGAGUUCCAGGAGGCCUGGAAACUGCCCAAGAUUGCAGUAGAUGGACCAUUUGGGACGGCCAGUGAAGAUGUUUUCCGCUACGACGUGGUCAUGCUUGUGGGUGCUGGAAUUGGAGUCACCCCUUUUGCAUCCAUCCUGAAAUCUGUGUGGUACAAACAUGUCCAAAACAAAGCCAACAUCCUCACCAAGAAGAUCUACUUCUACUGGCUGUGCCCAGAGACGCAGGCGUUCGAGUGGUUUGCUGACCUGCUCCAGAGCCUGGAGGGGCAGAUGAUGGAGAAGGGCAUGAGCGACUUCCUCAGCUACAACAUCUACCUCACCAGGUGGAAGGAGUCCGAGGCCGCGUACUUCCGGGUUCGCCACGAGACGGAGAACGACCCCAUCACUGGCCUGAAGGAGAAGACCAAGUUUGGGAAACCCAACUGGCACGACGAGUUCACCACUAUUGGGGCAAACCACCCAGACACCAAAGUGGGCGUGUUCCUGUGUGGGCCGGCGGCGCUGGGCAAGACCCUGGAGAAGCAGUGCCGCUCCAACUCGGAGUCCUCCUGCAAGUUCAUCUUCAACAAGGAGAACUUCUGAGAUGUUUACAGUAACCUUCCACUCACACCGAUGCUAUCUGCAAAAACCUCCGUGGUUAUCACCACUCUCGAAAGGUCAGGGAAAAUAGGGGAAAAAUAAGGAAAAACAAAUAUUUAAUUGAUUUUAGCUUAACAUGAAGAACCUUUAAUGCAAAGGACAACACAUGUACGACGUCACUUGAGGUUUAAAACUGUUAACAUGAAUAUGCAAGUGUUAUAAAUAUCAAGCUCAGCCAGUGUUCUACUUGAAAGCCAUUUUUACUUGAAAAAUAAAAUUACAGAAACAAGUGUUUCACUGAACUAAAUGUUACUGUUGUGUGGCCUAGCAUUGUUAGUAUUUGAGCGUAGAAACUAAAUGUUACUGUUGUGUGCCCUAGCAUUGCUAGUAUUAGCCAUUUUUACACUAACGUCAGACACUUUCCGCUUUGAAGCGUUGCUGGGUAUCAGUACAUCCGGCGCAAGCAAAAGCUAUGGUGAUACGGUUACAGUGGUUGAUUCAUUGCCAUUACGUAGCUGCCUUGAUUUGAGAGUAAAGUCAGUAGCCUAAUCCUUAAACAGCAACUUCAGCUAGCUUCACCGAAGGUGAAGUUGGUUUGAUAUUGGAUAUUCGACAAAUAUUUAAAAUAAGGAACGGUCUUUCAUUGAACAUCCGGAUAUCCAAUAUCAAACCAACUUCAUCUUUGGUGCUAUAAUGUUAGCUAGCUGAAGUUGCUGCUAUGUAUAGCAGGGGUCUCCUCUCCUAACGUUAAGGACUAACGUUAUGUUAUCUUGCUCUCAUUGCUCUCGUAGCUGCCUUGAUUUGAGAGUGAAGUUAAAUGACGUUAUGACUGCAUAUUACUGCUACCGGACGUACUGAUACCCAGCUGCUGACAUCAUGUGAAAAUGGUGAAUUUGAGCAUAAUAACUAAAUGCUACUGUUUGUGGCCUAGCAUUGCUAGUAUUUGAGCAUUGUAAAUGUAACUGUUGUGUGUCCAUUGCUUAUGUAGUAGUAUUGAUCACUUAAUCAAUUCCCCGGCUGUAAAUGUGAUUGUGAUCAGGUAGUUUCAUUAUCAGUGCUUAACAUGCUGUAUGAAAUAUGUGAUUCUGUUGGGUUGCUGUCCGUCAUUACCAAUGACUAGACAAGACUAGACAUAUCAUGUUUUGUACGAUCUUUCAGUCAUUUUCUUCCUCACAAUAUGGAUGAUAUUUCAAGGUUUAAUGUUUAGGCCUUGUGAAAUAAAGUACACCCUGGUUGUGAAACUA